GGUUGAGGAGUGGGGUGGGGGGCGGGGGGAAACAUGGCUCCGCGAGGUUGGCUGCGUUCCACCCUCCCCCGGAGUGUUGGCGGCAACGGCCCCCGGGCCCACAGGCUGUCUCGGCCUCUCUGGUUGCUCCUCUCACUGGGCGUCUUUGGCUGGGCCAGGGCUUCGGACGGCGCUGGCAGAGCGGUGAGAGCCAUGGACGAGGAGAUCGUGUCCGAGAAGCAAGCUGAGGAGAGCCACCGGCAGGACAGCGCCAAUCUGCUUAUCUUCAUCUUGCUGCUCACCCUCACCAUUCUCACGAUCUGGCUCUUCAAGCACCGCCGGGCCCGCUUCCUUCACGAAACCGGCCUGGCAAUGAUUUAUGGUCUUUUUGUGGGCCUUGUGCUUCGAUAUGGAAUUCAUGUUCCAAGUGAUAUAAAUAACGUGACCCUGAGCUGUGAAGUGCAGUCAAGCCCAACUACCUUAUUGGUAAAUGUUAGUGGAAAAUUUUAUGAGUAUACACUGAAAGGCGAAAUUAGUCCACAUGAACUCAAUAACAUUCAAGAUAAUGACAUGCUUAGAAAGGUUACUUUUGAUCCAGAAGUAUUUUUCAACAUAUUACUUCCUCCUAUCAUAUUUUAUGCAGGAUAUAGUCUGAAAAGAAGACAUUUCUUUCGAAACCUUGGGUCUAUUCUAGCGUAUGCUUUUCUUGGAACAGCAAUUUCUUGUUUCGUAAUUGGGUCAAUAAUGUAUGGCUGUGUAACACUGAUGAAAGUAACUGGACAACUUGCGGGAGAUUUUUACUUUACAGAUUGCCUGCUGUUCGGUGCCAUUGUAUCAGCAACUGAUCCAGUGACUGUUCUUGCCAUAUUCCACGAGCUUCAAGUUGAUGUUGAACUUUAUGCACUUCUUUUUGGUGAAAGUGUUCUCAAUGAUGCUGUUGCCAUAGUGCUAUCUUCCUCAAUAGUGGCAUACCAGCCAGCUGGAGACAACAGCCACACCUUUGAUGUCACAGCCAUGUUCAAAUCGAUUGGGAUUUUCCUUGGGAUCUUCAGUGGAUCUUUUGCAAUGGGUGCUGCUACUGGAGUGGUGACAGCUUUAGUGACAAAGUUCACCAAAUUACGGGAGUUCCAGUUGUUGGAGACAGGCUUGUUCUUCUUGAUGUCCUGGAGUACCUUCCUCUUGGCUGAAGCAUGGGGUUUCACGGGAGUGGUUGCAGUAUUGUUCUGUGGCAUCACACAGGCCCAUUAUACAUACAAUAAUUUGUCCACAGAGUCUCAGCAUAGAACUAAACAGUUGUUUGAGCUUCUCAAUUUCUUGGCAGAGAAUUUCAUCUUCUCCUACAUGGGACUGACUCUGUUCACCUUCCAGAAUCAUGUCUUUAACCCAACAUUUGUAGUAGGAGCAUUUAUUGCUAUUUUCUUGGGGAGAGCUGCUAAUAUUUACCCCUUGUCCCUCUUACUUAAUUUGGGUAGAAGAAGUAAGAUUGGAUCAAAUUUUCAACACAUGAUGAUGUUUGCUGGCCUUCGUGGUGCAAUGGCAUUUGCCUUGGCCAUUCGAGAUACUGCCACUUAUGCACGACAAAUGAUGUUCAGCACCACACUUCUGAUUGUGUUUUUUACCGUAUGGGUAUUUGGUGGUGGCACCACUGCCAUGCUGUCAUGCUUGCAUAUAAGGUACUGUGCUAGACUCUGGGGCUACAGAGAUGAAUUGAGACAUGACCUUUACUCUCAAGCAGCUCACAGUCUAUUUGGGGAGACUGACAGGGUUGGUGUUGAUUCAGACCAAGAACAUUUGGGUAUUCCUGAAAAUGAAAGAAGAACUACCAAAGCCGAGAGUGCCUGGCUUUUCCGGAUAUGGUACAACUUUGAUCAUAACUAUCUGAAGCCUCUGCUCACCCAUAGUGGGCCUCCUCUCACAACAACACUCCCUGCCUGCUGUGGACCCAUUGCCAGAUGCCUAACCAGCCCCCAGGCUUAUGAAAACCAGGAGCAAUUGAAAGAUGAUGAUUCUGAUCUUAUUCUCAAUGAUGGUGAUAUUAGUUUGACGUAUGGGGAUUCUACUGUGAGCACUGAAUCAGCAACAUCGGGUGGCCCAAGGAGAUUUAUGGGCAACAGUUCUGAAGAUGCCUUGGAUCGCGAGCUUGCAUUUGGGGACCAUGAACUGGUCAUUCGGGGAACACGCCUGGUUCUUCCUAUGGAUGAUUCCGAACCCCCAUUAAAUUUGUUAGAUAAUACAAGACACAGUCCAGCCUAAACUUACUAAUACUCACUUAGUGAUUUGUAAAAUUUGCACAUGUGAUUGUGAAGAAAUUCGUACUACCUAAAAAGUCGCAGUGCAUGUCUGAAUGUUUAAGCUAUAUAAAUGCUAUUUAUAUGGCAUUGAAAGAAUAUAAAUAUGUACGAGGCAGAUUGUGAACAAACUCUUCUUUUAUGUUUUAUUGGCUGCACUAUGUAGACUGGAUCUGUUAUAGAAAUUUUUAAGUGAAGUGUGUUCCGUUAACUUUAUGUCUCAGUUAAAAUAUAAAAAGUGACAGAGUUACUCUUUCUUAUAUUAACCUGACACUUAACAAGAGUACCAUGUUUUUGUGAUGUGAAUUAAUUUUGUUUUGUGGGAGGGGAGGGGAAGAAGAAAGAGGGAAUGUUCUUUCAGGGGAAGCCCAGGGAGGAGAGGUUCCUUUGUUGGGAAACUUGUGUUGAUUGCUGCUGCCUUUGUCCUGACCUUUUCUUUCCUUUUUUCUCUGGUGGCCUAUUGUGGCACAAGAGGCUGAUGGCAUUCUAAUCUUGCCCCAUUCAGGUUGGGGAGUGAAGUGUGGGGCCCUUUUCCCCCCUUGCUAUGAAAGAACAGAUUCCUUGACCACAGUACACUACUGUUGGGAAAAGAAGGCUACACAUGACUUCCAAAACUUUGUUUCUUUUCUUUCAGACCAAGAUCGUAGAAGAAGACGCAUCCAGCCAGCUUAGCCAAAGUACAGGCAUAUAUAGUUCAGGACACUUGAUUUCAAUUUGAAGGAGCUGGGCGGGCUACGAGUGGGCAGAGAGCAGGAGAGGAGUAAAGAGAAUGGUGGUGUGCAGGUCUCUCUUUCCAAAUAUGUAAAUAUUCUAUACCAGAUAAGUUUAAGUAAGGAACUCAAUUGCUGCUUACUUUCUGAUUUCUGUACUUGAUCUGUAUAACAAGCUUUGUGGUCAGAAGAUUUUAUAUCUACUUAAAUUGCUGCUCUUUAGCAGAAAAACAGGAGCAAAAUGUAAAAUUUUUGAACUUAACUGUAUCUGUCAUUUGUUAGUCUGUAGUUGAUGUUAAAAGUUAAUUUAUGAAUCCAUGAUCUUUGCACACUACACCAAAGUCAGUCAUAAGAGAAAUUCAGUGCUCUGGAGAGCUUAUUGUAAGGGUGGUGAUUCCUCUUUGUGUACUGGUGUAGUUGUCUUUAUUUUCAUGUUACUAUUUAAUAUGAAAUACCUAAGCUGCCAUGUGUUUUUGUUUUUUACAAUCUUCAAGGAAGAAUACAUAACAAUUUCCCAUUUCAUAUUCAGAGAAUGAAAGUGGAUGCUAUUUUGUGAUGCUGAAAAUACCUAAAGGUUCAUUGAAUGCUGGGAAGGGGGAUACUUUCUUAUGUUGAUUCUAACCUGUUAAUGUUUCAGAAGGAAAAGAGAAACUAUGUGGGUUUCCCCCCUCAGGUCUGAGUAGCAUUGCCUUAAAUUUUAUCCAGUUCAAAAAUUGAUUUAUUUACAUGAUGUUCAAAUUUUCCAACAAAAAAUAUCUUUCCAAAAAUAUAUUUAUUCUCCCAAAGGUAUUUGUGCUGUUGUAAAUACUCCUUGAGAUUUUAAGGGAAUUCUACUGUUGUACACUUGAGUGGCAGCUCUAACUGUUGGCAGAGCCAUUUGUUAUCUGUGAUAGUGACUUUCCUGCUAUGCAGGAACCCUGUGAAGUGUGCAUUUUAUAUGAUGUGUGCCUCUUCAUGCAAUCAAUACUUCCUUGUUAAUGUAUGCUUGAGGGGCUUUAAACUUCAGUGUCAUUUACCCAUGAAGUUAUUCACAUUGUAAAAGGAUAUACAAGAAAUUAACAACUACCUUUUUUAUUCUUUCAGGUUACUAAGCUCACUUUAUGAAAAUGAUUAGAAAUACUUAGCAUGACAAAUUUGGUAACUUGUCUGUUUCAGCAUGCGUGAGACUUUUCCUUAGAGAAACAUAAUGCUUGAGUCAACUAACUAAGCCUUUGUACAUUAUCAAAGGGGAACCAAGUCUGCUGUGCUCACAUCAGCAUCUGGAAGAUUCUCCUCUCUUCUAAUCUAUGUGCACAUCUCCAAGCAAAGAAGGAAAAAAACAAACUCUGCUCAUACAUCUGGUGGGUUUAGACACCUGAAUGAACCUAGAUGAAGUACAGUCUGAGUUGCCAUCACGCACAAGUAGAGCUGCUCUCGGACUUUUCUGUUCUUUGUGAACCCUACACGUUUAAAUGACUUGAACCUUCUCUUUUAAAGUUAUUUUUUAAGGUUCCUUGGCAUUUUAUCCUAGUUGUUCGUGUUUGGCAAUGUGAUGUUAUAGUAAUAGACUUUUAAUCUUUA